UGGAUGUCCUUCGUAUAAAAAGAACUCUAGUCUAUAUAAAACCGUUGGCUGGAAAUGAUGGAAGACAGAUCGUUCAAAAUGUUGGUGUUAUCAUCGACUUAUUUUUUCUUGAAUGCCACAUCAAUGCAGGCUUCCUGGAAAAAACUUUCUCAGACCAAAGUUUUGUAUUAGGCUUGGUACUUGUAAUAUGAGGGGGAUCUUCCUGCUCUUACUACUUUCUGUAUCUCAACCAGGAAGUACAGAGACAGAGUGUGAGACAAUAGAUGAGAUGGACUUACAGUGCAAAUUUGUAGAAAAUAUAAACUCAACACAAAAAGAGUUUUCAGUCUACUUUUAUUCUGAAAACGGAGUUGAAGAGGUUUUGGUGGACUGUACGUGGAAUGAUGGAAAGCUUGACUGUAUCGAGCAGCAGGGAGUCAAGUUUGUACAGCCUGUGUCCAACUAUGCUGUAAUUAGCAUCCCCACACGAUUUACAAACACAACCGGACAUUACAAAUGCAAAUCUUUCGGUGAAAGGCUUGACACCAUCAAACCAUGCAGUUUCCUCGAAAGCAAAGGACAAAAACAGUACGCAACUUGUGAGGUGAACACCUUUCUGGGGAUGAACCUGCUGUUUGUAAACUGUACAUUUCCCAUUGAAGUGGACAGUUUUAUUGUUGAAGUGGACACAACUAUUGUGGGGAACUUCACGAAGUUGGAUUGUAAGGAACAACAUUCAUGUCGCUACCAGACUGGCAACAGUGGAGACAUCUUCACCGUGAGGGUGGAUCCUCCACAAAGACCUUACAACCAAUGUCGCUGCGUUCCGGCUCAUACUAAAAUACAGAUUGAUGUCAAAGGGUGCCCUGUAUCUCAGACUACUGAUUGUAAAAAUAUGCCUAAGCCUGGUGGUUCUGCGGUUCUUCUUGUUGUUAUAAUAUCCAUCGCCUGUGUGAUUGCAGUUGUAACGGGACUAUUCAUAUACAGGAUACGGAAACAAAAGUUCAAGAGCAAGACUCAAUCCACAGCCUUGGAAUUUUGUGGAAAUGCGUUGAUAAAUCAGACAUAUGUUUGAGAAAAAAUAAAAACUUUCUGCACGCAAAAUGACUGCAUUUUCUUUGUUGUAUUGGCUAAGUGCUAUUGCACUUGGAAUAUGACUUGAUGAAAAAAGAAACCCAAGACAAAACAAAGAUUAAUCAGGCUUCAAUAAGUUCAGGGAGUUCAAGAAGGUUGUCACUUCAGCAAAGAAACUAUUUCUUAACCGCGGGAUGUGGCCCUGACGAGUCUAUGCCUAACCACCAAGAGCAUAAGACAGAACAGGACAUUGGCCGGGUUGGAAGCAUCCACUACAAUCUUCUGCAUCCUGCACAAACGACGCUUAUCGUACAUUGUUUAUACAGGGGUUAGAUCGCAAACACUUGUAAUAAUAAGCGAGCCAUUUACUAAAAUGUCAAAGAGGUUGACAUUAUUUACUUCACAUCAUCACUGGAAAGCUAGGUGAAAAAACUUAGGCACAGCUACCAGAGAAACGGAUAUGGUUUGUGUUGUGUGCUUAACAUUUGUGGUUUGCGAAAUUAAAAAUGCAGAUUAAUC